UUGCAAGGUUAAGGUUACGUCAGACGUGUUAUGUUAUAACCGUUGGGGCGCAGAGCGGCAAGUUCAGUGUCUCGUUGAGAGUGGCCGCGACACUAGGCUCGCGAUCGACAGCACGCGUUUUACGAGGACUGUGUCGCCUGUGAUAUACGAACAGUGAAAAGUUCAUGAACUGGGUGUUGAAAUUUGUUUGAACUAUCACGUGAAGCUGACUCCCAAAAAUCUCCGCUAGGCCUUCUAAACUAACUUAUAGGACAGGCCGUGGCUAGCGGGAGCAGCGAGUAGCGCGAUCUCGAGAUAACAAAUGCUGCCCCGACCUGUACCUCACAGAACAAUGCGGAUUUUACUAAGUUUUAUGAUGGUGGUGUGCGCUGCACAGGCUGCUAAAAAGUUCGAAGGAACUUUGAGAUCGGCAGUGGAUGCCCCACCUCAAGAUAAUCUCGCUGUGGAAUCAGGUUCACCAGAACCCGCUGUUGUUGUCGCGCCAGAAGAAUACACGAAUCCAGGAGCACCGCCACCAUCGAAGCCUGCUCCCGAACCCGAAGAGCCUGAGGAACCAGCAUCGGCCCCAGAAACUGCAUCAGGUGGUGUUCCACCCUCAGCACCUAGUGGUAUUUCUGCUCCAUCGGCACCGGCUAACUCACUUGAGGAAUGUGACCCAGAAAAGAUUGGAUUUGAACUCGUAACGGGAUACGUGUUCUCGGCGCCAUCGCACAUUCUAGACGACAUCCCUGGUACGCUGAUGCUCACCGAUUGCCUAGAGCAGUGCCAGGCCAACGACACCUGCCGUGCCGUGAACUACGAGACAGGCCUCUGCGUCCUAUUUAGCUCCGACGCCGACCAGUUGCCAGGAGCUUUGACCAAAUCUCAAUUUCCGGUGUUCACAAUUUACGCUCAAAAGUCGUGCUUGGGAGUGAAACCAUGUGAGAGGGCGUGGUGUUUCGAUCGUGUCCGUGGCUAUAACCUUAAAGGAUUCGGCAAGAGGACGCACACUGUGGAUACGAGACAAAUGUGCCUUGACUUGUGCUUGGGCGAAAAUGAGUUUGUUUGCAGAUCGGCGAACUACAACAACAAAACGGGUGAAUGCGUUCUGUCUAAUCUGGACCGUCUUACUUUGGCUGGCACCAAUGCUUUUCAACCUAACGAAGAUAUCGACUACUUGGAGAACAACUGCGUAGAAGAACCUACGAAGCUGUGCGAGUUUAAAAAGAUGAGCGGACGUAUUCUAAAAACAGUAGACUCAGUAUAUCAAGAUGUACAAACGAUUGAAGAAUGUCGAGAGUUAUGUCUUAAUUCACCUUUCCGCUGCCAUUCCUAUGAUCACGGAGACACGGGUGAUCAUGUUUGUCGUCUUUCUCAUCAUUCCAAAGCUACGCUCGCUGACAUCCAGGAUCCUUACUUGGAAGUUCCCGAAGCGGCCACUUAUGAGCUAUCUUCGUGCUACAAUGUUUCUAUUGACUGUCGUGCAGGCGACAUGGUUGCUCGAAUUCAAACAUCGAAAUUAUUUGACGGCAAAAUAUAUGCAAAGGGAAGCCCCAACUCGUGUGUAGUUGACGUUAAGCAAAGUCUCGAAUUUGAAUUGCAUAUGGGCUAUAAUAAUAUUGAAUGCAACGUUAAGCAAAAUGGACUCGGCAGAUACUUAAACGACGUAGUCAUUCAACAUCACGACACGAUUGUAACAUCAUCCGAUCUUGGGUUAGCAGUGACUUGUCAAUACGACCUGACGAACAAAACUGUAGCAAAUGAAUUUGAUCUUGGAAUUCAUGGAGAUAUCAAGACAGACAUUUCAGAAGAGGUCAUUGUCGACUCUCCUAACGUAGCUAUGAGAAUAACAGACAGGAGCGGUGACGAUACUAUUGCUUCAGCUGAAGUUGGUGAUCCUUUGGCACUCCGUUUCGAAAUCAUGGAUCAGAACUCUCCAUUCGAAAUAUUUGUACGAGAACUUGUUGCUAUGGAUGGCGUAGACUCCAGCGAAAUUACGCUUAUUGACAGUGAUGGUUGCCCAACCGACCAUUUCAUCAUGGGACCGUUAUACAAGUCGACUUUAAGUGGAAAGACGCUGCUCUCCCACUUUGAUGCUUUCAAGUUCCCAUCAUCCGAGGUCGUGCAGUUCCGUGCUUUGGUAACACCUUGCAUGCCCACUUGUGAACCAGUUCAGUGCGAUGGAGGACCAAACGAACUACGAUCAGUCACAUCAUACGGACGCAGAAAGAGGCGUUCUUCCCCAGCGCUCCCUACUGAUGAUAUGCUUUUAGUACAAACUAUCCAAAUUACUGACAAGUUCGGAUUUGACAAACAGAAAGCGAAGAAUGUAACGGAAGACGCAGUUUUUGUCCGCGAAACAGACGUCACUUGCGUUAACGCGUCUGGAGCAAUGUUGGCAGCUGCCGCUUUCAUCGCAGCUCAACUAGUCGUGCUGGCGGCGUGGACGUGCAGUUGGCAGCGGAGACGUGCAGCAGCUAAAGCUGCGGAAUUACUUCCCGGGCCUAACGCACCAUCUGCUCUCUGUAAAGUCUACGAUGCUAGUUUUACCCGUGCGCACCAGAGGCACUUUUGAGUAGAUUAAGACAUGUCGACGUGAUCAUAAACGUCUGCAAUAAUAGUAUAUUUACUUAAUUUAAAUACCCCCGUCGAGUCCAACGCUCGGAAAGACAACGUAGUAGCCAAUAAGACACGUUCAUCUUUUUCGGAGCAUAAGACGACGACAGCGGUUUUAACUUUACUAAGUGUGAGCGCAACCGCUUCUGAUGCCACGUCAGGCAACUGAGAGCGAUUGCGCGACACGGAGACGGGGACGACCUGAAAAGCGUGCGCAAAUGUGGAUGGAUGUUAGAAGUAACGCGUUGUGUGUGUCUGAUAUUAGAGUGUUUGAUGCGAUUGAGUACGCCCGCUUGUCGCCAUCUCUGGAGUCAUUAGCGGGAUCCAGGCCGUGAGUCGUUAUCAAGAUCAUGUCGCUUAUUCGUUUACUUUACGUUUGGACACUUUGCCGGCGUCCGAAUUCGUAUUGUACCAUAUUUUUAAAGUAGUAUAAGCCUGAUUUAAUUGUAGUGAUAAGUAAAAAUUAACAAUCCCAGUACCUUUUAAGUAGAUAACCGAACUCGCGACCCUUAGUCAAGCAGUGGUAGAUUAACGGCCAUCCCGACUUCGUAAUUUAUUGAAAUUAGUAUUUUAGCGUAAUUUAUGUUCGGUUACGAAUUAAAGCUACUAAUAUUAUAAAAAUUCUUAAUUUAAACAAAUACAUGCUUAUGACUAAAAUGUGCUAAGUUCUACGUUAAAUAAAUUAAAAUUAUUUUAUCAUGCUGUAUAGUGACUUAUACAAUAUUUAUACUAUAUUGAAUUGUAAAAUCAAAUUUAAUCCGUCCAAAUUGCCAAUUACCUGCAAUAAACUUAUUU